AUAAAGAGGUAUCAUGAGUAGAAAAAGAAAUUUCGAAUACACCUGAAAAAUAUAAGGUUUGGGAAAAAGUUUUACAAUACAUUAAUAUGUGAUAAUUGGGACAACUUAAUAUAGUGAUAUUUAUAUGUUGUAUAGAUCUAUAACAAGAUUAAUAGGUUUGAACAAGUUAAUAUACAAGAUGGCUACAGGUGGACAAAUAAAUACAGAUAUUCUUUCUGAUGAAAUAUUUGAUAUCCUAUGUUCAAUGUGUAAACAUCAAGGCAUAAACACUGAAGCUGAUAAAUUCUGUGUAGAUUGUCAUGAUUAUUUCUGUUUUAACUGUGUCAACGUUCACAGUAAAGUUCCUAUGUGUCUUGGUCACAAGAUGUCGGAUAAAUCUCAGGUCAAGUCAGGAACCAGCAAGGGUUUUCCGAGGGCACCAGCAGAGAGAUGUGACAGACACAGUCAUAAACACGUCGAUAUGUACUGUCAGAACCAUGAUAAAGUUGGCUGUUCUACAUGUAUGGCAGUUGAUCAUAGAUCAUGCAAGGAUACAUUCUAUAUACCAGAAUUCAUCAAAAACAACAUAUACCAAAAACCUUCAAGAGAAAUUCACACAAAACUUACGGAAAUAAGCAAGACCCUUGCAGAACAAGCUAGCAAAUCCAAACAGGAUAAACAGAGGCUGCUAAAAAGAAAGGCAGAGUUAUUGACUGAUAUCAGAAAUUUCCGAAAAGAAAUCAAUGACCAACUUGACAAGCUAGAGAAAAAUUCUGUAGAUGAGAUAGAAGAUAAAGUCAAAUGUCUUGAGAGCAAGAUCGAAGAGGGUCUCAAACAGCUACAAGCACAUAAAGACAAAAUCACAUCAGCCAAUAAAAAGUUAGCAUUUUUUAACCAGAAUCAAGCUGACGUGUUUGUUAAUAUGAAGAUGGCAGAGGAUGCUGCACAUCUUGCCAACCAAUGCAUGGAAGACACGAAAAUGAAGAGUACAGUAGCAGACAUGGAGUUUCAACCUGAUAGAACAAUUCUGACACAACUUGAAAAAAGUAGUACACUCGGCUUACUAACAGAGAAUCCUACAAAGAUAGCCAGCAGUUUAUUUCAGAUAAGAAGGGAACUAUCAUAUUGUGUAAAAGUAAAGUCGGAUAACAAAGAUUGCGAUAUCACAUGUGCCUGUUAUCUGAAAGAUGGUCAAAUAUUUCUAGCUGAUAAAAACAACAUGAAGCUUAAACAGAUACAUGAUUACGACUAUACUGUCACAGACCACUGUGAUCUACCUGGCGAACCAUGGCAAGUGUGCUCAAUCAAUACAGCAGGUGUAGCAUUAACUUUGCCAUUACAAAAUGAGGUUCAUUUUAUUUCUGCGGGAAGAAAAUUGAAAGCAAUAUAUAAGAUUAAAACUGAUUUUGAAUGUUAUGGUCUUGCAUACACAAGCAAUAAUUUAUAUAUUUCAGACGGCAACACAUCAGUGUAUAUGUAUUCAUUGUCUGGUAGGAAACUAAAACAGUUUAGUAAGACCCAAUCGGGACAAAAGCUGUUUUCUGACAUAAGCAGUCUAGCUGUCCGUCAAGAUGCUACAAGGAUUUAUGUUGCUGAUUUUUACAAUGGAGUGAUAGUACUGGACAACAAUUUUCAGGUUAUUACAACAUAUAAUGGUAGGCAAUUAAUGGGGGCUUCAUGUUGCUAUAUCUCUGAAGCAGGAAGUGUGCUGGUAUCAGGAGGAAACUCAAAAAAUGUUGUACAGUUUACAUCUGAUGGUGAGCUGAUAGGGGAUGUUAUAAAAGCCAAUAAAAGAAGAAGUGGGAUUAAGUCAGUUUGCUGUAAUCAACAAAUGUCUAAGAUGUUUGUUUGCAGAUCUCAUGAAAACAAUAUUGAAGUAUAUGAUAUUUAAUCACUUUUUUUGCUAUCUUCUUUUUGGUUCAAAUUUAAAAUAGAAUAUUUAAACAGCCAAUACAAAGAUAAAAAAAAUUCUUAAAAAUCUUGAUAGACAAAAUGUGGCUAUGAACAUGUUUAUAGAUGUAAUGAUGCUAUUUAAAUUCACUGUGAGAAAAACAAGAGGGAUUUUGUAAAAAAAUAUAUUUUUAUUAUCAUCUACAUAAAUAUUAUAAAAAAUAAUUCUUUGUACAUUUCAAAAUGUCGUUUACAUACUAGUAAAUGGUUUUAUCAAGUAGAAUUAUAAUAUUUGAAACAAACAAUACAAUUUUUUG